AUGAACCGCCCGUUGUUGUUUGCCCUUCUCUUGACGGCUAUCUUCGCCACCACCACCACCGCGUGGACGUGCAACUCGACCAAAAUCGUUAACUGGAGGGCCUCGUGUGACAAACUCGGAAGCGACGACGAAAAGUGCAAGAACAGGGCCUGCCACAGCGCUUUGCACUACCUCGUGGAGGGCUUUGUCCGCGAUUGUUAUGUGCAAUCUGGCCUGGGGCCGGCAUCUGAUCUGGACAAGUACAUCGACCUGGAUAACUACUGCCACGGUGAAACCCCCGCGCCCAAGCCCGUCCCUACCACCACCACACCUGUGCCAACCACAACCACGCCUGUGCCAACCACUACCACGCCUGUGCCAACCACUACCACGCUCGUGCCAACCACGUCAACUACUCCCCCUACUACUACUGCAGCCCCCACGACCACCACCAAUGUAGCCCCCACGACGGUGGUGCCUACGAUCGCCCCAACUUCGACACCUGUGGCCUGCGGAACCGUAGAAUAA